ACAACGCCAUGGAUUUGAUGUCAUUUAGGCGCCAUUUGUCGAGGUCCAAUAUCCGUUUGAAUGACCUCUGCGGAAAGCUCAACAGCACGUGGACUCUGGGUAUCCUCGUCCUGUUUUCUCUGCUGACAUUUUACCUUCAUACGGCUUACGAUCCAGUCACCUGUUGGACUCCCGCUGAGUUUACGUCACAGAUGAUACGGUACACCAAUAAGAUAUGUUGGGAAAGUUCCACGUACUAUCCGAUAAAUGGCGAUCCUGAACCAAUGGAGAGGCCUAUGACUUCAGAGAUGAAGAAACCGCCAUACCGGUGGAUACCACUCGUCCUCCUUGUACAAGCACUGCUGUUCAAACUCCCUGACCUUAUUCUAUCGGUAGGACAGGGUGUAGUCGGCUUCAGAUUUACAAAGAUAUCAGGACUAACUGACGGGUACGAAUCCCUUAAUAUGGCCGACCGAGCCCAAAUGGGAAGAGAAGUUGGAAGGUACAUGAAGAGCUGGAUAGACUCCACUGUAUGGAAGGGUUGUUCAUGGGGAUGGCUAACACUGCUCUUUCUGUUUACAAAGCUUCUCUACUUCAUCAACGCUGUCACACAGUUAUCUGCCAUGAACAUUGCUUUGAAGUCAGAAAACCAAUCUUCAUUUGGAACCCAAUUGGCUGGUGAUAUUUUGAGCUACCAUAAAUCGUCGUGGCGUAGCAGCAACCUUAAGCUUCCAGAAGUUUUUACUUGCGACUUUUCCAUUAUGAAAUUACAAACCCUGCACAGGUACUCUACACAGUGUUUGAUCAAUAACGUCACUUAUUACGAGAUGAUGUUUGGCUUCAUAUGGCUGUGGCUGGUAAUCGUAAUCGUCACCACGACCAUCAGUAGCGUCGUGCAAUUUCUUCAGGUAUUAGUACCAGUCUUCAGGAGAAGAUUCGUCAAGAGAUACUUACACAUGUCUGAUGAGAUGGUCCAUUCCCCUUCCGACAACGACAUUGCCCGGUUUGCAGGGACAGAAAUAACGGAGGACGGGGUAUUCAUAUUGAAAGCGAUAGGCGAGAUAUCAUCAGAACACCUGGUCAGAGAUAUACUAAUAUAUCUGUGGGGCAUCACACACGCUCAGCGAUUCGCAGCGCCGAGAAGUCAAUAUAUUGCGGCUCCCUCAACAGCUCACCAUGAUCGCGCGCCAGAAUCUCACCAAUUGGAGCAGAUUUCCGAUCAUGCUACGUGUGUGGGCGCUUAUACUCCUAUAAAGGAAUGAGAUGUGUUUCGUUACAUCAAAAAUACUUUACAUUUUCUUUCUUGUUGAUACCUUACACCAAUAAGAUAUCUACCGAAGUAUAUUUGUACAUGUGAUCCUAAGUCUCUUUUUAUGUUUAAUGACGUAGU